AUGGUGAAACUUCCGUUCAAAGCUAAUUCUUUUCAACUUGGUGAAUCGAAGACAGCGGCAAUGCGAAGACUUGAAUCCAUGGAACGACAGUUUGACAAGAAUGGUAAUCUCAAGGUCGAGUUCCACAAAUUCAUGAACGAAUACAUAGAGCUCAAUCACAUGGAAAUUGCAACUAAUAAAACGGAACAUCAAGUUUACUACAUGCCACAUCAUGCAGUUUUGAAACCAUCAAGUACCACUACCAAAUUACGCGUUGUUUUCGAUGCAUCUUGCAAAAGUUCAAACAACACAUCGUUGAAUGAUCAUCUCCUUGUUGGACCUACAGUACAAAAUGAUUUGUAUUCGAUUCUGCUAAACUUUCGAAAACACAAGAUAGGUUUUACCGCAGACAUCGAGAAGAUGUACAGACAGGUACUCAUACAUCCAGAUGAUAUAUCAUAUCAGAGUAUUUUAUGGCGUGAUUCUCCAAAGGAUCCACCCAUCACAUAUCAUCUCAGGACAGUUACAUAUGGAACUGCAUCGGCUCCAUUUCUAGCUACCCGUACGUUAAUGCAAGUUGCUCUUGAUAACUCACAGAAGUAUCCAGAAGAGUCUAACGAGAUCAUCAACAAGUUUUACGUAGACGACUACAUGUCUUCCGCUCCAGACUUAGAAUCGGCUAUUUCACGUCAUAGGACCCUAUGCACAGUUUUAUCCAAAUCAGGUUUCAACCUUCGCAAAUGGUCAACGAACUCAAGGGAAUUGUUGGAUAAAAUUGAUCCUCAAGAUCGAGCUUGUUCAUCAGAGCUGAUAAUUGAUCAGUCAGAAACGGUAAAAACUCUAGGACUGCUUUGGAACACAUCAACGGAUUGUUUUCAAUACAGCGUGUGUUUUGGCGAAAUUACUGGAAUAAUCACGAAACGUCGCGUGCUAUCGGAUAUUUCAAGAAUUUACGAUCCAAUUGGCUGGCUAUCUCCGGUGUUAAUUAAAAUGAAAAUCUUCAUGCAAAAACUUUGGAUUAAAGGUGUCAAUUGGGAUGAAGAUCUACCAAGUGAUCUUAAAGCGGAAUGGCUACAACUUCAACAUCAAGUUGAGAACAUACGUGAUCUACAAAUUCCCAGAUGGUUUAAUUUCAACGUUGAAGAUCGUAUUGAACUUCACGGAUUUGCAGACUCAUCGGAAUUAGCCUAUUCUACUGCUAUUUAUAUUAGUGUCAUAAAACCAGAUGGAUCAAUAACAACUAGUCUAAUAACAUCGAAAACCAGAGUUACCCCGAUUCGACAAAUAACACUUCCACGCUUAGAGCUUUGUGCAGCUCAUCUCAUGGUGAAAGUUAUGGUUAAAGUGAAACAAGCUUUAGAAUUGCAGAAUGUACCUACAUAUGGUUGGACUGAUUCAACUGUCGUACUAGCAUGGUUGAGUGAUCAUCCACGGCGGUGGAAAACCUUCAUUGCAAAUAGAACAUCUCAUAUUAUCAACAUAAUUCCAGCAAGUCAAUGGCGUCAUAUUACAUCGAAACAAAAUCCAGCCGAUUUAGCUACGCGUGGCAUCUCUUCAUCGGAAAUUAAAGACAACAGUUUAUGGUGGCAAGGGCCACACGUUUUGCAAGGUUUCACAAUGGAAGCUUCAGCAAUGUCAACAGCAUCUAUCCCAUCGAACAUUGAUUUAGAGGAACGCAAGGUAAUCGCAACAGCAACAUCCGUCAAGCAAACAGAUUUGUUUCACCUAUUCUCAAGUUAUGACAAGCUACUUCGUGUAACUGCUCUGAUUUUACGUUUUUUUGGUAAUUGUAAAUGCAAAUCUCAACGUCAAACUGGUUUCCUCACUACGACGGAGCUUCAAAACGCUCACAGAAUGCUUGUAAGAAAAGCUCAACAUGAAACAUAUGCAGCGGAAAUUC